GGACCAAUGUGAUCCAUCUCGCCUUUUGUCCGUUCUCUCCGAAUGAGUUCGGAUUCGCGGGCACGGGCAAUAAAACCGAAUUCCAAAAACAUGGACAUCCUCCAAACUGUGUGCCGUAUCUGCGAGUCCCAGCAAAACCUUUGUGAUCUUACGACUCAAGUGAACGAAAACGUUGCCGAAAAACUGUCCACCUUGACUUCCAUUCGGAUAUCUCCGGAAGAUUCCUUACCGCGAUGCAUCUGCCUGGAGUGCAUUGGAUCGCUAAACUUGGCCUAUGAUUUCCUGCUGCGAUGUGAAGCGUCGGAACAGCGAUUGCGUGACGCGCUCCGGGGAGAAGCGGAACCGAAUCAAAAAGUCGAGAUCGAAGAAAUGGGCCAAGAAGAUGAGGAGGAGGAAACGGCUACGGCAGUGGAGUUCGUGGUGAGUAAAUCAGACGAGGAGGUGGAUGAUGACGAUAUGGCGAUAGCGAUCGUUCAGGAGGAAACUAUGAGCAUGGUAGAUGAUGCGCAGUUCUUGUACGAGACUGUGCCCAUGAAAUACACAAUCGAAGAGUACUUGGAGGAUGGAGAUGAUGAGGAUGUAGAUCAAGGCGAGGAACACGCACAGACGGAGGUUGUCGUGGAAGAAGUGGAAGUGCAUAUGCCGGAGGAAAUGAGCAACGAGAAAGAUAAACACUUUUAUUGCGAUACUUGCGGGUCCGGUUUUGAGAAAUGUACGGAUUUGUAUCAACACAUUAAGAGCCAUGGAAAGGCUCGAUAUCAGUGCAAGGAAUGCGAUCGUUGGUUUUCGCGACGGGCACAUCUGCAAAGCCACGAAGUGAUCCAUACCGGAGAGAGGAAUUUCCACUGCCAUAGAUGUCCAAGUGCGUACAAGAGCAGUCGCAACUUGAGGCGGCAUGUGAAAAGUGCUCACCUCGGGGAAAAACCCUUCGUGUGCGAUCUCUGCGGGAAGGAGUUUUCACAGAAAACAGUUCUGGAAGCACAUCAUAGCACACACGUCCAGGAGAAAAACUACUCUUGCGAGGUUUGCCCGAAAAGGUUUAAGUCGAGCAAAUUGUUGAAGCUGCACGUUAUUCGACACGUGAAGGGGUCCCAACCGAAGCAGGAAACGGAGCCCGUGGAAUGCGAUGUUUGCCACAAGGUCUACUCGAGUAAAAUGUCUCUGAAGAACCACAAACUGAUUCAUUCGGAUGCCAAAAUUGCGUGCACGUUCUGUGGAAAGAACUUUAAAAUUAUGGCGCACCUGAAGGUGCAUCUGCGAAGUCAUACCAAGGAGCAACCGUACGAGUGCAACCAAUGCCAUAAAAAGUUCGGUUAUGAGACCUCGCUGAAGACCCACCGGUUGGUGCAUUCGAACGAGCGACCGUACAAGUGCGAUCUGUGCGAUGUGGCCUUCCGACAGUUGAACCACCUGAAGGCACACAAGUUCCUGCACAGUGGUCAGAAACCGUUUGAGUGCACGGUGUGUAAGAAGGCGUUUGCAUUGCGAGGCAACCUGACGAUCCAUAUGCGCAUUCACGACGGGCCGGUGGGGAGUCCCUUCCAGUGUCGGCUUUGCGUGGGCAAAAGACUGAACGAUUCGAACGCGCUGAAGCGGCAUUUACGGGCGCAUCCGAAUGCGAAGGUGGUAAAAACGGGAACCUUGACGGUUAUAGUGGAGGAAGGCACCCUGGAGGAAACGGAAACAGGUGAUUUGGCUGAAGAUGGGCGAGUUAAGGAAGAGAUUAGUAUUGCCGAUUCGUUUUUGGAAGGUGAUAGCUAGUUAACAAAAAAAUCGGAGAAAUUAUUCAGAUUGGUGUAAUCGUUUUGUCUGUAGGCUUCGAAAUACUUCCAUAUUUUAAAUAGAUUAAAAAUGACUUAGAAUUA